CCUCAUCCUCAUCGUGUCCGCCGGCAAUGCCACCGCCGCCUAAUUGCUUCAAUCAAAUAGAGCAACCUUCAAGCCAAAAAUCUCCUGAUUUAAACCACCCAUGGACGGCGCCGGAGGAACAAGAACAGAUUGUAAGUGGAAAAAGGACGAGACCCUUUCUUGAUGAAGCCCAUUGGGAUCCAAAUCUGUUCAAUAUUGCAAGGAAAAAGGGUUGUUCGUCGUCGUCAUCGUCGUCGUCUUCGUCCGAAAUGAAUCGCUCUGCAAUGUUUUUGGAUUCAAAUUUGAGUGGAAGCUAUCAAUUGGCUGAAGAUAGCAGCAGUUUAUUGGCAUUGAGAAGUUCAACAACUCCAAAUCAAUUUGCACCAUAUCAUUUCCAAGAAACUAUGGAGGCUUCAAUGCAUAGAGAUGGAGGAAGUGCAUCAAAUUACAACAAAAUUACAUUUGACACCUCCAAUGGAUCGAAGACGAAGUCAAAGUCAAAGGGCAAAGAAGUAAAUGUGAUUGGUUCCCGAGUUGAGCCCAAACCUGAACCUGAAAAUGAGGACGAAAGAGAUGAUAUCGACCUUGAUUUGAAGCUCUAGUCGUCACGUUUUUGGUGAAAAAAAAAUAUGCACACAUAGCAAGUUGUUCUAGUAGUAACUGCGAUUGGCUCCCAAGGUAAAUCCAAAACCUGAACCCGAAAAUGCGGACGAAUGAGCUGACAUCUACCUUGAUUUGAAGCUCUACUCGUCACGUUUUUUGUAACGAAAAAAUAUGCACACAUAGAAAGUUGUUCUUGUAGUAAUUGUGAUUGGCUCCCAAGGUAAAUCCAAAACCUGAACCCGAAAAUAAGGAUGCAUGAGUUGACAUCGGCCCUGAUUUUAAGCUCUAGUUGUCAAGCUUUUUGUAAUGAAGAAUAGGCACAGAUAGAAAGUUGUUCAGUACUCAAUUUCCGUUUUA